GGGGGUAGGAAGAGUAGGCUUACGAAGCAUGCGCAGCUUUGUUUCGUACCCCCCCCGCAACAGCGAGAAUAGCAGUAGGCGAGGACUUAAAGGGACAGAAAGGUGUUUUUCUCUGUCUGCUGAGUGACAAACUGAACUAACUACCGAUAAAAACAGAAAACCGCCAUGAGGUCAUGAUGAUUCUCUUUAGGUGGCAUAGAUAAGGCGAGGGGGGGAACUUAAGCCAUACGCCGCCAGCACAGUCCGAAUUGGCAUUUCCAGUCUAUUGUCCAAUGCGAAGUGCAAAGGGUUUUCACCAUAGAGAUAUCAAGGGGCAGAGCGGCAGCCUCUGCAACCAUAGAAAACUAGCGCCAGAGUCUAUGAUUCUGUUAUAGACUUUAAGUCGCGACGUAGAAAUGUCCUAUUUCCCCGCUCAUAGCGAUGCAUUCGAGGGGAAAGAAAAGCCAGCUGCUGUUCCGGGGAGUGGAAAAGAGAGUUCCGGCUGGUUGGUGCAUGCGGUGGAGUAGGAGUUCCGCCUGGUGAACCGCGUGAGCCGGUUUCUUGGGGGGACAGGCGGCGGAGGCUGGAGGCUUUGCGCGCACGCCAUGGAGGAGAGCACGAGGCCGCCGGUGGCUUCUGCCCACCACGUCAUCCGCGAGGGGGACUGCGCUGUCCUCAAGCGGGACGAGGUCUUCAAGGCGGUGGUGGUGCUCAAGCGAAGAAAAAUGAUUUUUGAAAAACAGUGGUUUUAUCUGGAUAAUGCCAUUGGGCAGAUCUAUGGAACGACGUUUGAAGUGACUAGCAGUGGGAGCCUUCAGCCAAAGAAGAAAGUGGAAGAGACAACUGCAGAAACAAAAGAAGCAGGUACUGAUAAUCGUAAUAUAGUUGAUGAUGGAAAGUCUCAAAAACUGACUCAUGAUGAUAUAAAGGCUUUAAAGGAUAAAGGCAUUAAAGGACAGGAAAUAGUUCAACAGCUAAUAGAAAACAGCACAACAUUUAGAGACAAGACAGAAUUUGCCCAAGAUAAAUACAUAAAGAAAAAGAAGAAAAAAUACGAGGCAAUUAUUACAAUAAUAAAACCGUCUACCCGUAUUCUGUCAACAAUGUACUAUGCAAGAGAACCAGGAAAAAUCAAUCACUUGCGAUAUGAUACUCUAGCCCAAAUGUUGACUUGGGGAAAUGUCCGUGCUGGCAACAAGAUGAUCGUAAUGGAAACCUGUGCAGGAUUGGUGCUGGGUGCUGUCAUGGAGCGAAUGGGAGGUUAUGGUUCCAUUAUUCAAAUGUAUCCGGGAGAAGCCCCUGUUAGAACAGCCACAAGCUGUUUUGGAUUUCCAGAAUCCUUUUUCAAUACACUUUAUGGGUUCCCUCUCAGCAAAGUGAAAAAUGUUCUUGCUGGAACGUUUUCUUUAAAGACAUUGCCUCCAGAGUCUGAAGAGAAUACGCUCCUGGCAGAAGAAAGCAAUGGGUCACUGGAUGACAAGCAGCUUUCUGUUCAAGAGGCAGAGAUGGAGUACAGUACUGAGAGACCUCUGGCGGGCAAUCAGCCUGCAGAUCAAAGAGAAGUGGACAUUCCAGCGGAGAGUGAAGCACCUGAAGAUGACAAGGCCAAGGGAAUGAUGCUUGACAAACAAAAGAAGCAAGAGGAGAGGAGGAAAAAGUUGAUAGAAACUGCUGCUUUGUUGAAAGACAAAAAUGCUGAUGGUUUAAUUGUAGCCAGUCGAUUCCAUCCCACGCCUUUAUUACUUUCGUUACUAGAAUUCGUUGCUCCCUCAAGGCCUUUUGUUGUCUACUGCCAAUAUAAAGAGCCCUUAUUAGAAUGCUACACAAAACUGAAAGAGAAAGGUGGUGUCGUUAAUCUGAAGCUUUCCGAAACAUGGCUAAGAAACUAUCAGGUCUUGCCAGAUCGAAGUCAUCCCAAAUUGAUGAUGAGUGGUGGUGGUGGGUACCUGUUGACAGGUAUCAAUGUUGUAAAUGAAAAUUUAAAAACUGAUGACUACUCGGAACAGAAAGCUGAAGAGCCAACUUCUAAGAAACGUAAAUUUCAAGAUCGCCACUAACACUUGAAGAAGUGCUUUUCUUAGGACAUAAGUUACCUUGCAUUCUAUUGCCAACUGUAUUGAGAGCACAAAAGGGUGCAAAACUUGUGUUUUGCAGUUGCUAGGGAUGUGCAUGGAAUCGGGCAGGGGAAUUUUGAAGGUGGGGGGCUGACUUGAAGGGCAAGGGAGGGUGCACUGACUCCUCCCUCCACUUUCCCCCCACUGGCACUCCAUUAGCAAAGGCUCCGUUAGCAUACCUCCCUGCCACCCCAUUUCCUCAUU